AUGAGUGAUUUUGCUUCCUUCGGUGGCUCCGAGGAGGAAUAUGCUACGGUGCGGAAGUAUCAGGCCGAGGUGGAAGCUGAUCCCGACUCCUUUGAGAGCUGGGAAAACUACAUCAAGUUCGCCGAGACCUUGGACGGGGGAUUAAAUCGUAAUUCCAGCCCCCAGGCGCUGGCCACCUUUCGCGAUGCCUACGAUCGGUUUCUCCACAAGUUCCCCCUCCUGUUCGGCUACUGGAAGAAGUACGCCGACAUGGAGUUCAAUAUUGCUGGCCCAGAAUCAGCCGAGAUGGUGUACGAGCGUGGAUGCGCAAGCAUAACCAACUCUGUCGAUCUGUGGACCGACUACUGCUCCUUCAAGAUGGAUACCACCCAUGACCCUCAGAUCGUUCGAGACCUUUUCGAACGCGGAGCAAACUUUGUCGGUCUCGACUUCUUGGCCCACCCUUUCUGGGACAAGUAUAUCGAAUACGAGGAGAGGCAGGAGGCGCAAGAUCGUAUUUAUGCCAUCCAUGCCCGGGUCAUUCGGAUCCCUUUGCACCAGUACGCUCGAUACUACGAGCGUUUCCGAACCCUCUCGCAUACUCAACCCCUGAACGAGGUCGUGCCUGCUGAUGUCCUCGGCCGAUUCCAAGCAGAAGUAGAAGCGGAGUCUGCUAGCUCGGGCGGAGGGGCGCGAUCUGAGCUGGAAAUAGAGCGAGAUGUGCGCACCAAGAUCGAUGCCAUGUACUACGAAAUCUUUACUUGCACGCAACAGGAGGUUUCCAAGCGGUGGACGUACGAGUCGGAGAUUAAGCGCCCAUACUUUCACGUCACCGAACUUGAACACUCGCAGCUCAAUAACUGGCGAAAAUACCUCGAUUUCGAAGAAGCAGAGGGAGACUUUGGCAGAGCAGUGUCGUUAUACGAGCGCUGCUUGGUCACGUGCGCCUUUUACGAGGAUUUUUGGUUUCGAUAUGCCCGUUGGAUGGCUGCACAAGAGGGCAAGGACGAGGAAGUGCGAAACAUUUACAUCCGGGCUUCCAUUUUCGUCCCCAUCAGCAGACCAGGCAUCCGCAUGCAGUGGGCCUAUUUCGAAGAGAGCCGUGGGCGGGUCGACGUGGCCCUGGACAUCCACGCAUCAAUCUUGACGAAGCUGCAAGACUGCACCGAAGUCAUUGUUUCGUGGGCGCAUGCACAACGUCGGCAGAAUGGCCUCGAGGCUGCAAUCCAGGUCUACAGAGACCAGAUCGAUGCCCCGACCGUUGACCUGUACACCAAAGCCGCCCUCGUGGCAGAGUGGGCUCAGUUACUGUGGAGGGUCAAGGGCUCGGCCGACGAGGCAAGGGCCGUCUUUGUGAAGAACUCACAGUGGUACGGGGACAGCCUAGUCUUUUGGGAGACGUGGUUUGCCUUUGAGUUGGAUCAGUCCACAGCCGGCGAAGAAGAAGAGGAAACUGCCGAGCGCGUUAAGAAGGUGUUUGACGAUUUCCGGACCAAGAGUCGCCUAUCUGCCGCAGUCAAACGGGAGCUGGCCCGGGAGUACCUCAACUACUUGGUGCAACGAGGCGGCAAAGAAGCCAUGAAGAUCUACUUGGAAGUGGAUGGCGAAAUGUUUGGGCCUGCGUCAAUAUCGGCUGUGGACAAGUCGGCUACAGGGGCAAAGGAGAACCUCGCGAUCAAAGACGAUCUGGAUGCUGUCAGCAGACGGAAAGCCGAGUCGAGGCCGCUAGCAUUCUACAAAGCUCACAGUGAGCCCAUGGCAGCCGCUCAAGGGCCCGCAGACUUUAAUUAA